AUGGACGGCUUCCUCAGUACCCUGGCCGGGCCUACUCACAAGGCCCAGACUCCCAAUAUGGCGUCGACCUCUCCGAUCUCCACAUGCUCCAGCUCAGACGGCACCACACUAGCAGAUAUCGGAGCGGAAUUAAAACGCAUUGCAACAGCGAUGGUCACUAAAGAUGACCUCACACACCUAUCCUCUAAACUCCAUGAGGCAAUUAAAACAGAAAUGGCCGGCUUGAAGGGAGAGGUUAAAGCACAGGAAAACCGCACCCUGCAACUGGAACAAAAAGCACAGACAGCAGAGGAUCACUCCACAGCCCUAAAACGCCACGAGACAGCAACUGGAGGAUCAUGA